UUUUUUUUUUAUAAUUUUUUUGGGGUAAAAUAAUUCCCUCCGCCGCCCGCCGCUAUUCGUACAUGGCAUAUCCGCGGCGGCGCCACCAGUACCGUCACCGAUUCCUCCCCGCCAUCUCCGCCAUUUCCGCCGCCAUUCUCUUCUUAUUUGUUUUCAUCUCCUUUCUAGCACCUUCCCCUGUUGAAACUGAUCACAUCCAUCGCGCUAGGGUGCCUCUGAUUUUCAGUCGCAGGGUAAACAAUGACGUUGGUGAAGGAAAUGAAGCUCCUCCGAAGUUUCGUGUUCCAGACAAUGGAGGAGUUCUUCAUCGUGAUAUUUGGAGCACGAAGAACUCGAGAUUUUACUAUGGUUGUAGCAAUGCCAGCAGUCAAUUUGCAGAAGCUGCUGUCGUAACGCGUCCUGAUCGUUACUUGGCCAUUGCAACCAGUGGAGGUUUAAACCAGCAAAGAACCGGGAUUAUUGAUGCUGUUGUUGCUGCUCGCAUUUUGAAUGUCACCCUCGUUGUCCCAAAAUUGGACCAGAAGUCUUUUUGGAAGGAUGUUAGCAACUUUUCAGAGAUCUUCGAUGUUGAUUGGUUUAUAUCAUUCCUGAAAAAAGAUGUAAAAAUCAUAAAAGACCUCCCACGAAGAAGAGGGCAGAUAUGGAACCCAUAUACAAUGCGUGUACCAAGAAAGUGCAAUGAGCAAUGUUAUGUUCGUCGUUUAGUACCUGUCCUUUCAAAGAAGCAUGCUGUUCAGUUGACCAAGUUUGAUUACAGACUUUCAAAUAGGUUGAGUGAGGAACUGCAAAAGCUUAGGUGCAGAGUUAAUUAUCAUGCUCUGAAGUUCACCAAUCCCAUACGACAAAUGGGUGCGAAGUUGGUGCGAAGAAUGAGAAUGAGGAGCAAGCAUUAUAUUGCUCUUCACCUCAGGUUUGAACCUGAUAUGCUUGCAUUCUCGGGAUGUUAUUAUGGUGGAGGAGACAAAGAGAGGAGGGAACUAGCAAAAAUACGACGGAGAUGGAAAACUUUGCAUAAUCCAAAUCCAGAAAGGGAGAGGAGGCAAGGUAGAUGCCCUCUCACUCCCGAAGAAGUUGGUCUUCUUCUAAGAGCACUUGGCUACGACAGAGACACCCAUAUUUUUGUCGCGUCUGGAGAAGUAUACGGAGGGGAAUCAACAUUAGCCCCAUUAAAGGCUCUUUUCCCCAACUAUCACUCGAAAGAAAUCCUAGCAAACCAGGAUGAGUUGAAACCCUUUUCUUCGUUUUCUUCUCGAAUGGCUGCCUUAGAUUUUAUAGUGUGCGACGAAAGCGAUGUAUUUGUCACAAAUAACAACGGAAACAUGGCAAAAAUUAUUGCAGGGCGAAGGAGAUAUUUUGGGCACAAACCCACAAUUCGUCCAAAUUCUAAAAAGUUGUAUAGGCUGUUUUCGAACCGAGUUAAUAUGACCUGGGAAGAAUUCUCCUCGAGUGCACGUUCAAGUCAGAGGGGUUUCAUGGGAGACCCAAAGGAGGUGAGGCCAGGCAGAGGAGCGUUCCAUGAAAAUCCAGCCUGUUGCAUUUGUGAAGAUUCGGAGGCAAAAAAGAACACGGGUUCGGUUCGAAGGGGAACUGGUAAGAAAUCCUUACCCGUAAGAAAAGAUGUGGAUGUAGUAGCGGUUGAAGAUCAGAACACGAAUGAAGAACCGGAAUGGUCCGAUCCUGACGAAGAAGAUGACCUGUCGAGUCAACUAGGGAACUCUCUGUAUAACGAAACUAGCUUAGAGGAUGACAUGUUUUCAUCAGAGGAGCCUGAGUUGGAUGAGUUGCUUUCGGAUUGAGUGGAAAAAAACACACACUAAGUAACGAUCUUUGCAACGUUCUGAUUGGUGGUCGGUACGUGUUUGUUCUUACAUCAGAACAUUACUUUUUGUUCAGGCAAGGUGCAAAGUCACAUGAAAAGGUAAAAAACGUCUCCUUGAAGAUUAAACUCCGGCCAUGUUCCUCAACGUGAAAAAUAUAUAUAUACCAGAGUCGGUUUAACAUAAUGGAAACUUGAGAAACAAUGUUGUUUUGGGGCUUGUAUAUAGUAGUGUUCCCUUUUUUUUUUUUUGAUAAUUUACGUAGAUUUCGAUUGGAUAGAUUUGUGUUUGAUCCAAGUUAUAAGGAAAUCGCGAAGAUCUGUUGUCACUUGCAGAUGUUGUAGGGAGGGAGGCCCCAAGGGCUGUAUAAUAUUGAGAGAAACCAGUUCCUUACAAGUACGAGGAAAUGCUGGUUUUUGGUAGACAUUGUAAAUUGUCUAAGCAAUGUGUGACAAAAUUCACCAAAUUAUUUCGAGUUUAUUUAUAUUUCUCAGUUCUUCA